AUGCUCUUCUUCGGCAAAACCCUGGCCGGCGCCGGCUACAUUGUGCUCAACAUCAUGCGAGUCAUGAACAUAAUCGCUCUUUUGGCCGUCAUAGCGGCGAGUUCGGUCAUGCUGGUCAAGACCUUCAUUGUAUCAAAGUUCUUCUUUUUCGAUGCCUGCGAGCACGUUCUUCGGGUCAUCAUGAGCGGAUUCCUCAUUCUCACCGAGCUCUCUCUCUUCAAGUCGUUUUUCUCCAAGAAUUGGCCUCUCUUCAGCGCUCGAUCUAGUUUUGUCAUGCUCGGGGCUGCCAUGAUUUUCUUGGGGAACAGUCUUCUCGGAAAUCUCAACAAACAUGCGACAAGUCAGGAAAGUCUGGGUCUGCCCUUCUGGCGGCUUGUGAUUGCGGCAGGAAUCAUUGUGUUUGUGAUGGGCUUUAUCAACCUCUUUGCCAGCUAUAUUUUCAGGGAUACCAAAGCGCAUCUCACCGCUCGGCAAGUGCGGUCUCACGGCGCCGUGGCAUCCCACAAAGCCGACGUGGAAGCUUCUACUCCGAAACCUCCGAGUCGGAAAAGUCACUAUCGGUCCUUCUUCCUGGGCAAAAGAGAUUCCCUGCCCUCGUAUUACUCUCGCAAGAACACGGAGCGGUCCAACAUGGCCGAGACACCAAAAAUGCACCUGGCCAUUUCCAGUCCUUUCCCGCAAGACCAGCCCCUGGCCCGAACAGCGCAGAGUCCCGGUGCGGCCAGUUCGAAGUACAGCCAAAGUCCCAAGAGUGAGCGAUAUGCUCGGAGUCCUGAACUCAGCCGGCCGGAUUUGGCACGUCAUCCUGCCAUGACACAAGGGCAUGCUGUCUGA